AUGGCGGCGCCGCCGAGCCCAGUGCGCAGCGCUGCCGCCGCCGCCCCGGCCGUCUCGGAGAAGGAGCCCUUCGGCAAGCUGCAGUCGUCCUCCCGGGACCCGCCGGCGUCUCUGUCCGCCAAGAAGAUAAAAUCAAAGACAAAAUUAAAGAGAGAAAAAAAGAAGCAUAAAGUAAUGAAUGAGAUCAAAAAAGAGAAUGGAGAAGUAAAGAUUUUGCUGAAGAGUGGGAAGGAGAAACCAAAAUCAAAUGUAGAAGACUUACAAAGUAAAAAGGUAAAGAAGAAAAAGAAAAAGAAACACAAAGAAAGUGAGAAGCGGAAGCGUCCAAAAAUGUAUAGCAAAUCUAUUCAGACCAUUUGCUCAGGACUGCUGUCAGAUGUUGAAGAUGAAGCAGCCAAAGGCGUCCUCAGUGACAACAUAAAAGAUUAUGUUGCAAAGAGCGCGGAUCCCAGGAACUCUGAUUGCAGAAUUCCGGAGAACAGUGACUUUCCCUUUGUCUCGUUAAAGGAGCCCCGGGUUGAGAAGACACUCCGGAGGCUGGACACGCUGGAGUUCAAGCAGCUUAUUCACAUCGAGCACCAGCCCAAUGGCGGCGCCUCUGUGCUGCACGCCUACAGCAGCGAGCUCUCAUGCCUGUCUCCUGUGGAGAUGGAGAGGUUCGCCGAGGAGUUCGUGGGUCUGGUGUUCAGCGAAAAUGAGAACUCGGCAGCCUUUUAUGUGAUGGGGAUCGUUCACGGGGCGGCUGCCUACUUGCCUGACUUUUUAGACUACUUUUCUUUUAACUUUCCCAAUUCCCCAGUGAAAAUGGAGAUCCUGGGAAAGAAGGAUAUAGAAACUACAACUAUGUCCAGUUUUCAUGCUCAGGUAAAGAGGACGUAUUCCCACGGCACUUACAGAGCUGGCCCGAUGCGACAGAUAAGCUUGGUGGGGGCAGUUGACGAAGAAGUGGGCGAUUACUUCCCUGAGUUCCUUGACAUGUUGGAGGAGUCACCGUUUUUAAAAUGCACACUGCCCUGGGGGACCCUGUCCAGCCUUCAGCUAGAAAGUCGCAGAGACAGUGACGAUGGCCCCAUCAUGUGGGUGCGUCCGGGAGAGCAGAUGAUCCCUGUGGCUGAUGUGCCCAAGUCACCUUUCAAAAGGAAGAGAACUACCAAUGAAAUAAAAAACCUCCAGUACCUACCUCGAACCAGCGAGCCUCGCGAGAUG